GGCAAAUACGUCAUUAAAUAAAAACCCUAGUCUCCUUGGAGCUGCCAUUUAUACGACACUCUCGUUGUUCAUUUCCCCCUCCCUUGGCAUCUGAGGAGGACGCAUUGUGACUCUCGGCGGCCUUUUCAGGUCACCGUCUGUAUUGCAAUCAUGGCGGAGGGGUCAAGGCAUCCAUCAGUAGUUCAGAAGAUGGCUGGACAGUCAUAUCUUGUGUCCAAGCUUUCCCCCAAUUUUCACUCCAGAAACUAUAGUACAAAUGGAAAUUACUUCAUUGGAGGUGAACAAUCUUCUUUGCAGCUGGCAAGCAAUGUCAGUGGCAUGGCAGUUGUCCCGCCAAUGUUGCCCGUUACUGCGCAUGCUCCAGCAGAGAAAGGGGCAUCUGCAUUUCUAGUGGAUUUCCUGAUGGGAGGAGUAUCUGCUGCUGUCUCUAAGACUGCUGCUGCUCCAAUUGAACGAGUCAAAUUGCUUAUUCAAAAUCAGGAUGAAAUGAUCAAAAGUGGUCGAUUGUCUGAACCAUACAAGGGGAUAGGUGAUUGUUUUGCCCGAACAAUGAAGGAUGAAGGUGUUGUGGCUCUUUGGAGAGGAAACACUGCUAAUGUUAUCAGAUACUUCCCUACUCAGGCUUUGAAUUUUGCUUUCAAGGAUUAUUUCAAGAGGCUUUUCAACUUCAAAAAAGACAGAGAUGGAUACUGGAAGUGGUUUGCUGGUAAUCUGGCCUCUGGUGGGGCUGCUGGUGCUUCCUCCCUCUUGUUUGUUUAUUCUCUUGACUAUGCUCGAACUCGUUUGGCUAAUGAUGCGAAAGCUGCAAAGAAGGGUGGUGAGAGGCAGUUCAAUGGCUUGAUUGAUGUUUACAAGAAAACCAUUAAGUCUGAUGGCAUUGCUGGUCUCUACCGUGGAUUCAACAUCUCAUGUGUUGGAAUCAUAGUGUACCGGGGUCUUUACUUUGGAAUGUAUGAUUCUCUGAAGCCAGUCGUUCUGGUUGGUGGACUACAGGAUAGUUUCCUCGCUAGUUUCUUUCUGGGAUGGGGGAUUACAAUAGGUGCAGGUUUGGCAUCUUACCCAAUUGACACAGUGCGGAGAAGAAUGAUGAUGACUUCUGGAGAAGCUGUGAAAUACAACAGUUCUCUCCAUGCCUUCCAGACAAUCAUCAAGAACGAGGGUGCCAAGUCACUCUUCAAAGGUGCUGGUGCAAACAUAUUGCGUGCUGUUGCAGGUGCUGGUGUGCUUGCUGGUUAUGACAAGCUCCAGCUCAUUCUCUUCGGAAAGAAAUAUGGAUCUGGUGGUGGUUAAGACUUGAGACAGAAUGAUGACGAUAAUUUCACAAGACGGUUGUGUUUGUUCCUUUUUAAUUUAGUACUUUCGGAUAUACUAAAGAUGGUAUUUUUGGGCUUCCUAAAAUUUGAUGUGUUUGAUAUUUUGAUAUCUUAGUUUUGCAUACUUCUGAUUGGGUUUCAUCUGGAGUUUCAAACUCUGUAUUUUCCACCGUCCUAUUGGCAAAAAGUUAAAAAUUUCUCUCCCAUCCUUCAAAGUUUGUUUGGAUUGUGCUUGAUCUUGUGAAAUAGACAAUACUGGCGUCGUCCAUCGUGUUCAGUA